AUGCGCCGUAAAGUACCCGAGGGUGAACUCUGUGCAGUCUGUUCAGAUCUCGCAACAGGAUAUCAUUACGGCGUGGCAAGUUGCAAUGGCAAAACAUUUUUUCGUCGCACCAUAGUGUCGGAACAUACGUUUGUUUGCCAGUAUCAAGGAAAUUGUGAUGUUAACAAAAAUAUCCGUUGUGCUUGCCGGCAUUGUCGUUUCAACAAAUGUGUGGCAGUGGGGAUGGAUGCAAAAGCGAUUCAAAAUGAUCGUGAUCGCAUUGGACCAACCAAAAAAAUGAAGAUGGCGAAUCAAAAUUCAGAAGAUGAUUGCUCGAUUCAAAUUCGUUCCGCAGAAGAAAAACUAAUAGAACGUCUGCUUGCGAUUGAAAAACUAUGCAUGAGGUUACGUCAGUGUGUACUUCCCGAGAUCAGUGGACUCAAAGAAGCGGUUUGCGAGCCCUCACUUGUUAAUGAUGUUAAUAAUCUAAAAAUAGACCCGUAUACAACAGCUAAAGAAUUAUAUAUUGCAACACUGAAAGAUAUACAAAUGUGGAACAAAAGAGAAAUGCGAGUUGGUUUGGAAUGGGCCAAAACUUUUGAUUUAUUUAAUCAGUUGUCUGUAGAUGACCGCGUUGCCCUCAUUAAGAAUUUCGGGUUUACUUUUAAUCUUUUGAAUCGAAAUUACUAUGCACCUGAUCACGGCGCUGAUAAAUUAGUUUUGCCAAAUGGUGCUUAUGUUCGACGUCAAGUUCAAAAUGAAGUUAAGCUACCGGGUUGUAGGUCCAUUUAUCACCGUCAGAUGGAUGAAAUUAUGCUCCCUUUUAGGCAGUUGAAAAUAACCAUGCCUGAAUUUGCCCUCUUCAAAGCUAGUGUCUUCUUUAAUCCAGAUGCGAUAAAUCUCUCUCCUUUAGCAAAGUCUCAAAUUUAUGGGGAGAGAUCAAAAUAUUUAUCAGCAUUAUUUUAUUUAAUAACUUCAAAAUGUGGAAUUACUAUGGGUGCGCAAAAGUAUGGUAGUUUGCUCAUGAUGGCAUCUUCUGUUCAAAAUAUUAUUGCUCAAAACGAGGAAAACAUGCAAGUCAUGGAUUUUUUUGAAGAAAAUUGGAAAAUGGAUAAUUUUGUUAAAGAAGUAUGCUUAAAAGACCCGUGA